UCUGGUUUGUUUCGAUCAGUAUGCAAAGCUGAUAACUGGAAGAGAGAAAGCCGCUAUAGUUUGAAGUUUUGGCGGUUGAGAACGGGGUUGAUUCUCCACUAAAUCAAAAUAUACUACCUAAAUAUAUUUAUUUAGCUGUAAGUAUAUCGCGUAGGUGUGCUGCUCAAAGCAACUUCAAACAGAGUAUCUAACUUAGUCGAGUGGUUUUUCCACUUAAAAUAGCUAGCGUUAGCAUGCUAGUAGUUUCCAAGCUAGCUAAGUUAGCUGACUAGUUUUUGGCGUUGCAAACUGAGCAAAUCUUGGAGUUGGUCAUACUCUAACUUCUUUCUGGACGGACUGGAAACCAAGCAGGUGAACUGGAGCCAGCAGGCCCAAAAUGACAGAGAGCUUCCACAACAUUGAAGAUGAGCCGUUCCCCAGCUUCCUGUCUGCCUCACUGGGUAGCGGCAACGCCACUCUGGGGAACGUGACACUGGGCUCCAGGCUGGGGGUGCCAGUGGCCGCUUCCACCGUGGCUAAAAUUAGAGCCGGAGCUGACAACAGAAUAUCUGAUAUCCAGUCAUCUUAUCUGGAGGAUGGACCGCUGUCACUUGUCAACUCUCAGUCCUUCAGUGGAGAGAGGGGGAAGUUUGCCCUGAGUUUCAAAGAUGACCUGGGUGGUGUGGAUGACUUCAUUGCUGAUCAUCGAUUGUCAGACCUGUUGGUUAAAAUCCAGCUGGAUGAGGGGGAGUCCAUCGCCGGACUCAAAGCUCCCACACAGGAUACUCCUUUGCACCUGGACCCCCCUGCCCGACGUGCUUCUGAACACGGGGACGAACUGUCAACUGGACUAAUUACAUUCUCUCACCUGGGAGCUAAAGAUGUUACGCCUGUGAAGGGUAAAUGUGCUCUCCCAGAGUUAGAAGAGGAGGACACUUCGCCCAAUGAGGGCAGCCUCAGCGGCAGCAUCUCCAGCUUUGUGGCCAAUGAGAAGCUCCUGUCUGUGUACAGCAUGAACAGCGAUGCCACAGAUGACGACCUGGACAUGGAGCAUCUGCAGGACGACGAGCUGGAGCUGUACUUCAAGAAGCUGGUCCCGCCCUCCAUGCAGAGGGGACGGGUGGAGGGCCAGGAGAUCCCUCCCGCUGAGCAGACUGGAAUUGUGGAAAACUCAUCUCAGCCAGGUUCCGCUGAACCCGAAAAAAACAGAUACAACUUCCUGGAUGAUUUUGAUCAGGAUGAAUUCCAGAUGCCGGACGUGCGGCUCGCUGCCACGGGCAUGGACUCGUGCCCGGCCAGCGACGAGGAGGACACUGAGGACGAGCUGGAGGCGGCCCGCAGACUGGGGACCUCCAGGCCCAGGUUCCUGCUGCCCAGCACCUCCCGACAGCUGGUCGGGGAGAGCAACAGGCCCAACUUCAGGCCCGGUCUGGAAGGGGGCAGCUCGGAUGACGAACCGCUAGCUACCAUCUGGAACGCCCCCGCCCACUCUGGGAUUGAGUUCAGACUCUCCGCUGAGGGCCAGGUCAUAAACCCACCCAUCACAGGCGACGGCGGGGGGGGAGGAGACGGGAGCAGCGGGAGUGAGGAUGACGGAAACGACGGCGGCGUGUCCACCAUCCCCCUGCCCCCGAGCGCCGGCCCGGCCCACGACUCUCUGCGGGGCAGCGGCGCGGGCGGGGUGGAGGAUGGGGCCGGCGUUCCGGCCUUCCCUGGGCUGGGCAGGGCCAGCGUCCCGGGACACAGCCAGAUGGGGGACCGUGUCGGCCCAGUGGGUACAGGAGAGGCUGGUUCCGCAGCCUCGGGUUCUGGGCCACCCAGGGUGUCGCCUGUCAACUGGAAUAUGACUCUGGACAGACAGGAGGCCUUGGACGCCAUGGACAGUGCGCAGUCCUCCGCAGCGGCAGACACCCAGCUGGACUCGCUAUACCUGUGGAACGUCGGGGGGCCCUGGAGACCGCCAGACGCGUCGGGCCUCAGCCUGCUCCACGGAACCUUCCAGAACACCUUCCACAUCUCCCAGGCUCUCCAGUCCCACGGCAGGAGCCCCGAAGAGGCGGAGGAGGAAGAGGCCGCCCUGGGGCUCCGAGGGGGGCCCUGCGGCUUCUCCACGGCCCCCGAACCCUCGGAGAGCAACAGCGAGGGAGACCCCCGAGCCGCCUCCCUGGAGGCCAAGUACCUGUCCCAGACCGUGCAGGGCGAGGUGGGGGACGACAUCUGGGACCGGCCCCCGGACAGCGCGAAGCUGGACUUCCAGGAAGGGGGCAACGUCACUCAUAACGUGGUCUACCAGAACGAGGAGGGGAAAUGGGUGACUGACUUGGCGUAUUACUCCUCGUUCGAAAAGGAGGCGGAGGCUAAAGUUCCGGAAGAGGUCGCCAACCAGUUUCAGACCGAAGAGUUUAUUUCUGGCAGUAAUGCCAUUGAGAAGAUAAUUGAAGACCAGGUGGAAUUUGAGAAGGAGAACCAGUUCAUACAGGAGGAGCAGAUCACGGCCGAGAGCCAGAGUUUGGGUCUGGGAGACACCUCAUGGAGACACCCCAGCAGUAACCACAUCCUGAUGAGGGGAUCCCAGGUCUCCUCCGACUUCGAGAGGGGCAACCAGAGCUACCUGCGCCUGUCCCUGGGAGAGUUCUUCCAGCAGAGGUCAGAGGCCCUGGGCUGCCUGGGCGAGGACCACGUCAAAAGGCCUUCUUUCGGCUAUGUCAUCACCUCUCCGGAGAAGAGGGAGCCCUUUGCCCUCAUCCGGCCCUCAGAUUUCUCCUCCAGAGGAAGCUCUGUCCACAGCGACACCCUCCUCAACAGCGACGGAGACGACACCAUGAACGCAGAGGAUUUGAACAAGACCGUUCAGCCGACCGUGGAAAGAACGUUUGAAAGACCGGCUCACAACGAGGACGAGCGGCCCCUGGCCGUUGAAAAGGAAGAAGCAAAGGACCCCCGGCCACCGGCCCCAGAGCGCCAGUCGGCCCCCGCGGGGAGCAGCGGCUCCCCCAACCCCCUGAGCAUCAGCACUAUCGCCAUGGCCAUCGCGGACGCCUCCCUCAGCUCCGACCCCGCCCAGCUGGCCGCCAUGAUCCUGGAGCUGUCCAAGAAGAACCGCGACCGCAGCCGCCGCCCGGCGGGGGGGCCGAGCCCCUCCCCGAGCCCCGCCCUGUCCCCCGCCGACCAGAGCGCCCUGCUGGAGGCGCUGCAGCGGAGCACGUGCGCGGGGGAGCUCAGCGCCUUCGACGUCUCCAAGUACCUGCGCCGGGCCGAGACCUCGGGCAGCGACAGCGACCGCUCCGCCUCCCCCCACAGCUUCGACAUCCUGGCCUGGGCCGACGGCCUCGGGGCCUCCCGCAGGAGCUCCGCCCACGCCGCUGCGCCCCCUGCUGGGAAGGAGGACCCCGAAGCCGCUCGGAAAGAGAGGAAGUCGUCCGCGGCUGCCCCCUGCUCGAGCGCGCGGGGCAGCGAGGCGACUGGGAAGAAGUCAGACGUUCGACGCAGUUCCAUCCCGCGCCCGAAGGCUAGCAGCACCGCCGGCGCUAACGCUAAUGGCAGCGGGCGGGCGGUCGGCACGGCGCAGGGCGGCCAUUCCGGCUCGGUGAGCAAGCCCGCGUUGAAUCGGAGCCGUCCUGCGCAGGCGGCCCCCAGCCCUGCGGUCUUAAAUGGGGGCAAUGUCCAGGUGGCAGAAGACCGCACGGCCACCGCUCCCAGUCCCGCCCCCUCUUCUCACUCUCUCCUCCCGGACGAACCGGCCUCCGUCCCCACGACCUCCCCCCGCCUGCGGGACCCGCCCUCGGGACUGCCCCCCAAAAGCCCUGUCUCCGACCCCUUCAGGCAGGGGACCGAUGGGCGUGAGGGCCAGGGGACCGGCGUGUUUAAAAGAGAACCACCGCCGGGCCCCAGUGCUGUGGAGAAGCACGUGGGCUUUGCCCCGCAGGGCCACCUGCCCUCAGCUCAGAGGAACGCUGUGGAGGGGACGGGCUCUCCCCAGGAGCGCGCCCCUGCAGCAGUGGAGGAAUCCCACUGUGCCUUCAGACCGUCCACCUCCCCGCUCACGCACUCCUCCCCCAGCCAGACCUCCCUCCCCAGUGCUGAUGGGACGGUGUUGUCCCCGGCCUCCCCCGACAGCCUGACGGACAGGCGCGGCUGUGAGCCCCCCUCGCCCCAGUCCCACUGCUCCAGCCCCAGCCUCAGCAGACUCACCUACAUCUCCCUGUACGACAGCACCGCCCUGCCCUCCCCCGACAAGAGCAAGGGCGAUGGCAGCAUGGCCCUGAGCACCACCAUCGUGCGGGCGAGUCCCACCCCGAUGACGGAGCAGGAGCUGCUGCAGAGCCGGCCCCCCGGCCUGGACCCUCACUCCUCCCGCAACCGGAGCCCGGACGUGCGGCUGGAGGCCCGGAGCCCCGAACCCCGCCCUGCGGACCCCUGCCGCCCACACAGCCACGACGGGUGCGACUGGUACCCCCAGCGCCGCUUGGAGCCCGUCCCCAGACACUCUGCCCCGGGGGAUUCUGGGUACACCAGCAACCUGAACUUCCAGCAGCCGGGCCCCUCCGAGCUGGCCCCCUCGCUCUCGCACUGGGUGGCCGUCGCUGACAAACAGGAGGCUUGUCAGGUCAGGGGGUUCGGGCUGCCCCCCUCUUUCGCAGACGACCUGAGGUACGUCCCCGUCCCCGGCUGCCAGCCCCAGGGCCCCCUGCUGGAGCCCCCGCCUGCCGUCCCUUCCCUCAUGGCCGGCCGCCCCCUCUUCAGCACCCAACUAGGGCAGCAGUACCUGGGAGCUGAAGUGCCCCUCCACCCCUACCAUGUUGGAGCAGCCGCUGCUGGCUAUGGCGUGUGCCCCUCCGUUCCCCACGGCAACUCCUCCGCCAUGGGGCCCCUGCACGGUCCUGGGGCCCCGGGGAUGGCCCUCCAGCAUGGGUACGUGAGCGCCACGCAGCUGCACCGAGCCCAUCUGCCCCCCCUGGACCCAGGUCUGAUGGGCGCCGGAAAGCCGUACGGCCACGUGGGAGCGCUGGGUGUCUGGAGCACGCCAGGGCUCGCCGACAUCGGUGCGCACGUGGUGGUGCCGGACGAGCUGCGCUUCCCCAGUGCGUGCUGCGUGGGCAUCGCGUCCCAGACGUCCCUGAGCAUCUUCAACCCCACCGAGCGCUGGCUGCAGGUCGCCAUCGGCGUCAGCGGGCUGGCCAUCAACGGGGAGAAGGUGGACUCGCUCCCGUACCAGUGGCUGAUGGUGAAGAACAAGACCAUCAUCGGGCCGAAGAGCACGGAGGAGCAGAAGGUGCUGUUCAUCCCGCCGCGGGCGGGCGUGUACCAGUGCACCCUCAGCGUGUCGUCCUGGCCCACCGCCGGCGAGUCCGAGGCGGCCGCGCGCGCCCAGGUGUUCGCCAAGAGGGUGGUGCUGGUCGCCAUGGCGGAAAACCCGUCCCUGGAGGUGGAUACUGGGGCGAGCGGGUGUCUGGAUUUUGGGGAUCUUGUGGGCGGCUCAGCCAGGGCCCUCCCCCUGAAGCUCAUUAACAGGACCCAUGCCACAGUGCCCAUCCGUAUGGUGAUCAGCGCGAAUGCCACAGCCUGGCGCUGCUUCACCUUCUCCAAAAGCCCGGUUGCCGUGCCAACGGAAGCCAUGCUUCAGACCGGCAGCGUCAACCCGUUGGCUGCUCCGUCUGUCAUCAACCACGUGAUGCACGCCAACUAUGGGGACAAUCCUGAGAACUUCAUGUUGUGGGUUCACUUCCAUGCGCCGCCGAAGUACGUCUCCACUUCAGGAGCUCUCGGGCCGGCGGAUGAGUACAGUGCGCGGGUGGACAUUGAGGUGGACAGCCCCAGCCCCAGUCAGGUGAUCAGGAGCGUGCAGCUGCGGGCCAGGUCUGGGGUUGCCCGGGUUCACGCACCCAAAGACAUGCAGAUGGUUCAUCUUGUUACGACGUUGGCGAAAUCCACCAGUCAGACCCUCCCUCUGAAGAACGCGGGCAACAUCGACGUGCAACUGAAACUCAGGAGCAGCGAUAGCGACGAGUGCUUCUCAGUGAUGCCAGAGGAGCUCUUCCUGCAGGCCGGGGAGGAGCGAGGCGUCACGGUCAGCUUCACCGCCAAGGGAGCGCGGAAAUGCAGAGAGAGCAUGCUCACCAUCCUGGUGUUGCCAUCCGGGCCUCAGUACGAGGUGUUGGUGAAAGGAGACGUCGCCCCCGAUGACUCGCCGCAGCGACCGUUGCCCGGCAGAGCGGCCCUGGCAGAUGCGCCCCCUCUCGGCGAAGUGCCCCCCAUCCUCUCCAACAAGCAGUUCAUGGCCUGGGGCGGGGUCACCCUGGGCCGGGCAGUGCAGCAGAAGUUGGUCCUGAGGAACAACUCUGCCAGCUCCACACAGCAGCUCCGCCUGCUGAUCCGAGGGCAGGACCAGGACUGCUUCCAGCUCCAGAGCACGUUCGGUCCGGAGGAGCGGCUGACGAGGCACAGGGAGCUGUCCAUCAGGCCCAAAGAGGACGUGGCUGUGCACCUCCUGUUCGCCCCCACCCGGGUGGCCUGCAUGCUGGCCAAGCUGGAGAUCAAGCAGUCCGCCGUCCGGCCCUCCCAGCCCGGGGUGAAGUUCACUAUCCCGUUAUCGGGCUAUGGGGGCACGAGUAACAUCAUUCUGGAGGAGGUGAAGAAGCUGUCGGACAGCUACGUGGUGACGCUGGGCGGAGUGGUGGCGGGUCGGGCCAGCAAGGUGUGCCUCUCCAUGAGGAACACGGGCUCGAGGGCGGCCUUCAUCCGAGCCGUGGCCUUCUCCGACGUGCAGACGCGGACGCUCGCCGACCCCUCCCUCGUCAGCCUGGCGCCGUCACGCUUCGUGCUCAAGGAGAGGACCCAGGAGGUUGUCACGGUGACGGUGAAGGCCACUCCUCGGGAGCAGGAGCUGUGCCUGUCUGGCACCGCCCCCCUGGCCACCAUCUGCUUCUUCUGUGGGGACGAGGUGUCGCGCCAGCAGUUCAGAAGGUUUCUGCACAGCAAGCCUGAUGCAGGGCGGAAAGUUCUCUCUCAGAGCAGCCUGCUGAAGAACAUCGACUUCAGCGAGAGCUACCUGGGCGAGGAGCAGGUGACUGAAGCGUACGACCUGCCGCAGAGGCCCAACGAGGCUCACCUGUUCUACGGCGGUUUGAGUAAGGUGGUGCUGUCGGUGCUGGGCAGCGCAGAGGCGUCGGACAGCGGGGAGAGUGACUGCAUGGAGUCCCUGCGGCCCUCCGAAUCUGACAGUGGGUUUGGCACCUCCGACCGCCACGUCAGCAACGUUUCCCUGGAUGUGCUCCCGGUGAGGGGCCCUCAGGGGCCACACCUGGCCCUGAACGUGGCGGCCCCUGCCCUGAAAGGACAGCCGGACCCCGCGGGGCCACAGGAGUCCUGGAGCGUCCGGCCCGAACAGCUGGUUCUGACGGCCCCCACCCUGAGCAGUUCUACGGACACCCGACACGUGCAGAUCCAGAACCACUCAUCGAGAUCGCUGAACUUUGAGCUGUCCUGGCCCGCCCACUGCCUGACUAUCACCCCUCAACACGGAGUCAUUGAACCCGAGAGCGACUUGCAAAUUCUGAUCAGUCCCAACCCAUCACUGGCCACCAAGCAGUCCCUGCUGCCCUGGGGCGGGCAGAUCUAUGUGCAGUGUGAUGGCCAGCAGAAGUUCAUCAAAGUGCAGAUCCGUCAGGACCUGGCUCUGGACGUCUCGGCCACGGCCUCCGUGGCCAAACCCCUCUCCAGCCUGCCCCCGCAGGCCGAGACCCCGCCCGCCCCCGGGUGCAAGACUCCCGGCGAGCCUUCGGCUCAGGUGGAGAUCAAGAACCGCACUCUGGUGUUCCCCGCUACGCCGUCCGGCGAGACCUCAGAAUCUAUCCUGGAGGUGGAGAACAAGGGAGAGGAAGUGAGGUGGUACCUCUCCUCCUUUGCGCCGCCGUAUGUCAAGGGUGUGGACAGCAGCGGAGAUGUUUAUCGCGCCACAUACACGGCGUUCAGGUGCUCCCGAGUGUCGGGGACUCUGGGUCUUCAGGAGAAGAUGCAGAUACCCAUCACCUUCCUGCCCCGGGACAGAGGAGACUAUGCCCAGUUCUGGGACCUGGAGUGUCACCCUUUGGCCGAGCCUCAAAACAAGAGCCGUGUUCGGUUCCAGCUCUGUGGGACGGGUGUAAAGGCUGGUGCACCAUUGCCUCCCGAGGAGAGCAACUGCUCGCUGGUGCGGACAGAAGCCACCGUGAAGCCCAGGAAGAAGCCAGAGGCUCCUGCGGUCAAAACCAGCCAGGAGGAGGCACCGCGGAGAGGCGUGUACGCUCCCCAAGACCUCUACACCUUCCCUCAGACGCGUGUGGGAGAGUCCAGCGCCCUGAAGGUGAACGUGCGAAACAACUCUUUCGACACCCAUGAGCUGAAAUUCGUAAGCCCCAGGGAGCCCUUCUACAUCAAGCAUUCCAAAUAUUCUUUAAGGUCACAACACUACAUCAACAUCCCGGUCCAGUUCAAACCCGGAGCAGCAGGGAGGUACAGCGGCUCUCUGCUCAUACAGGCCGACACCAGCUCCAGUCUGGCCAUUAGGCUGGCCGGUGAAGCCCUGCCCUGACUCCCGACACCCCCCUUUAUGUUUUUUGUAAAACACCCUCACGCAGGAUGUCAGGGUGGCUCCUCCAGCUGAUCAUUUUUCCAGCCUCAGCGACAGGAGAGGCGGGCCGGUAUCCGGCCCACCUCCAUGAAAAUGUCUCAUGUAUUUCUUGUUUUCCCUUUCUUGUUCAAGUGAUUUUCAAAGGCAGCUUGCUUUUUUUGAAAAGAAAAAGAAUAAAAAAUGCACUACUGUACAUUUGUAGCACACUCGAACACUCUGGUCAGACCCCUCGCCAUCGUUCGAUGCUUGUUUGGUAAUGGGAGCCGAUAUGCGUCGCCACUUUUUACUGGUUGGCAUUUGCAUAACCUUUUGCCAAGCCACAGUGAUGUAGCUUGGGAAUGCAGCUCUAAAGAUGUCUUUUCUUCCUUGCGUCUUGUCAGAAUUUUUUUGUCUCUCCCCCCAUUCUUCGGGAAACCCAUAAUUGGCCUGCUUAAAUAGUUUUAUAAAAUUUUCAGAGUAAACAUUCUCAAAGCGGGCAUUCACACAUGCAGCGAAUAUACGGAAAACGAGCACUAGGCGGUCUGCCGGCAGGGGGGAGACGCCGUGACCUCCUUUUUAAAAAAAUCGGAUGGUUCGGUCUCCUCAAAGCUGCAAGCUGCCUUUUGAAUUGGUUCAUUUGGAGCGACUAGUUUUCAGAUCUAGAAGGCACCGUCUCGGGGCAAGGUUUCCGCUUUCAUCUUCACCUGCAAACAUUUCUUCUUUCAGCGGCUUUCUCUGCCGUCUUUUCUGACGCUAGUGACUCGGGGCGAGAGGACUGUCGUUCAUGAACCCCUUUGCGGCUUUGUAUGGUGACGUUCAGAGAAAAAAAAAAAAAAAAAAAAGCAUCAUUUGCGUAGCUUUUUUAUUGAAUUUAUCUAUUGUACCGGUAUUUUUGGAGGCCUUUGAGAAGGCGAGCAAACGAGGUCUUUAAAAGCAGACGGUAACCUGCAGUAAAGUGCUUUUCGGUUUGAGUCGGCCGUACGAAUCGCUGGCCCGGAUGCCAUUUCCAUCUAGAACCUUCCCUUCCACCCAAUCUCACAAUGUGUUCAGCUCUCUUGUGGCAAGAUCUCCAUGUCAAUGCUGAUUGCCUAAGCUGUGGUGCCACCAGGCUGGCAGGCUCCUGUCUGCCAUGUGUUAGCUCCUGGCUCCUAACCAGCGGUCCAUCUGCCCGGGCACCCCCUUAAUCCCGCUUGGAGACGGAGGCCUCUGAAAUCAUUAGGAUGUUAAACGGUUGCAUGUUAAAGACGGCCCAGUCUCCCAGAAGAUGGGCUUGGGAAUGGGGCCUCCUGGCCUUGACCUAGACUUGACUAGAACGGGCCAACCUUGAGUUAGUGCUCCCCUCUCCCCGUCGCAACGGGGCAUUCUGGGGGCUCGUCCAUCACGGAACACGCCGGAACUCUCUUCUCACCAGGCUUGGCUAAAGCGGGUGUGGGCCAGGCUGGUUCAACUUCACAGUUUCAGGGAAAAAAUUCCCUGGAUUCUGUGUCCACCGUCGAUGAAUAUAUUCAGAAACCAGUUCUGUCCCACCCUAUCCUCCCUCCACGUUUGUUUGUUCUUGGAGUGAACAUUUGAGUGUACAUUUUGCGAACACUUCCUUUGAAUUUCUUAUUUAUUUUUAGAGUGAAUCAGAAAUUCUUUUGUAAUAGGGCCAUAUUUUUGUAAGUGACAUAGUAUUCUGGUAUGAACUGAGCUGGGUUAUUUUUUGUAAUCCUUGGAUUUCACACAAUUGAGUGUUUCUGUUCAAUUCUGUAUAUAUAUUAAAAAUCAAUUUGCACAUUGCCUGUACAUUCUAUUUCUACCUUAGUGUCAAAGUGUAUUUAUUUUUAAACAAGCAACUUGAUAAAAUAAAGGUCUAUGUGAAAUACA